CAUUUUUAAAAAUCACGAAUAUGAAACUGCUUUAUUACAUAAUGCGAACGUGCGCUGCUAUUUUGGUUUCUUUGCCGGUUUCCAAUACCAAAGCUGCGAUUUUAAAAUGUGAACAUAAAAUGUGGCAAUAUGAGAAGAAAUAUGUUUUAUACUUCUGAAAAAAUGUAUAUUAAAACAUCGCGAGAUUUGAGUGGCGUACUCUCGUGGGAGAAAGUCGGUGUUUUGAAAAUGGCGACCGAAGGAGAGGCGGUUGGUGUGCCUACUGCUGGAUCAGAGGUUGUAGAAGGCGAUGCUUCAUUUGGAGACUUGGGAACAGCAAUGGACACAGAAUCCACCAAUGGAAAAGAAGCAAUGGAAGCUGCGGGAGAUGGCUCGGAGCCCCUGGAGGCUCAGGCGGGCUCUGUGGACGAGGAGAACGGGAGGCAGCUGGGGGAGGUGGAGCUGCAGUGUGCUCUCUGUAUGAAGUGGUUCACAGCCGACACCUUUGGCAUUGACACUGCGACCUGCCUCCCAUUCAUGACCAACUAUGUGUUCCACUGCAAUGUCUGCCAUCACAGUGGGAAUACCUACUUUCUGAGGAAACAAGCCAAUCUAAAAGAGAUGUGCCUUACUGCUCUGGCCAAUUUGACAUGGCGAUCACGGACCCAGGAUGAGCAUCCGAAGACCAUGUUCUCGAAAGACAAGGAUAUAAUUCCUUUUAUUGAUAAGUACUGGGAAUGUAUGACCACGAGGCAGAGACCUGGCAAAUUGACAUGGCCAAAUAAUAUUGUGAAGACCAUGAGUAAAGAAAGAGAUGUUUUCCUGGUUAAAGAACAUCCUGAUCCUGGGAGCAAGGAUCCUGAAGAGGACUACCCAAAGUUUGGGUUGCUUGACCAGGAUCUUGGAACCAUUGGACCAUCCUAUGACAACCAAAAACAAACUACUUCUGUAACAACCGGGGGAGGACUGAAUGGUGGACCAUCUUUCUCAGGUGGAUUAGCUCCAGGAGGCACAGGGAAAGGAAGAGGAGCCAAACGCAAGCAGCAGGAGGGUGGAACAGCUGGCACUGCCAAAAGAACACGCAGUGAUCAUUUGUUUUCGGCUCAGCGGCUCCCACCACAUGGGUAUCCCCUGGAGCACCCCUUCAACAAGGACGGGUACCGCUACAUCCUGGCUGAGCCCGACCCCCACGCCCCCGACCCCGAGAAACUGGAGCUGGACUGCUGGGCGGGGAAGCCCAUCCCGGGAGACCUGUACCGCGCCUGCCUGUACGAGCGCGUGCUGCUCGCCCUGCAUGACCGAGCUCCUCAGCUAAAGAUCUCGGACGACCGCUUGACGGUGACUGGAGAGAAGGGAUACUCCAUGGUGCGGGCGUCCCAUGGCGUGAGGAAGGGCUCCUGGUAUUUCGAGAUCUCCAUUGAUGACAUGCCCCCAGAGACUGCCUCGCGGCUGGGCUGGUCGCAGCCUUUAGGUAACCUCCAGGCUCCUUUGGGUUAUGACAAGUUCAGCUACUCCUGGCGCAGUAAGAAAGGGACCCGCUUUCACCAGUCCAUUGGGAAGCAUUACUCCGAAGGCUACGGCCAAGGAGACGUCCUGGGCUUUUUCAUUGAGCUUCCGGACAACACCGAGACUGCAAAGGCACUACCAGACACAUACAAAGACAAGGCACUGAUUAAAUUCAAAAGCUACCUAUAUUUUGAGGAGAAGGACUAUGUAGAUAAAGCGGAAAAGAGCCUCAAGCCGACGAGUAGCAGCAAAAUGAUAUUUUAUAGGAAUGGAGUCAACCAAGGAGUUGCCUAUGAAAACCUCUUUGAAGGAAUGUACUUUCCAGCAAUCUCCCUCUACAGAAGCUGCACAGUGUCUGUAAAUUUCGGACCACAUUUCAAAUUCCCUCCAAAGGAUGUCAAGUAUCAGCCGAUGAGUGACAUGGGCUGGGGGGCUGUGAUUGAGCACACUCUUGCGGAUAUGCUGUAUCACGUGGAGACUGAGGUGGACGGCCGGCGCAGCCCCCCCUGGGAGUCCUAAGUUCUGCAGGAGGAUGGGGGAAAUCCCAAGGAUAGCAGAUGCCAAACAAGAGUUCUCAGCCUUUCCGGCAAGUCCAAGAACCGAAUGAGGGGCCAGUUUCAUCGUGGUUUUGCAAUGUGACGGACACAUCUGAAUUUUCAGUUUUAUUCAUUUUGAAGCAUGGACAUUUCCAAGAGAAGUUAGCCUGCUGUUAACGAUGGAUACGAUCUACUAGGGGAAGGAAGAGGGGCCACAGGGGAGGAUGUAUAAACCGGAACCCUUCCGUCUUUUGUUUUCUUAAAUUCAACCAAUCUUCCAUACCUUUCCUGCUAUGGGCAGAUCAGGUUCUGUGUUAAGAACUCAGUCUGAUUGAGCCUGAAUUCAGUUCUGCUGUUUCAGAGGAACAGAUAAUAUGUAUCUAGGAUUUAUUAUCAAAUUAUACUCUUGGAGGUCUGCAGAUUGGAGAGAGUUUACAGUCAGCCAGUAUUAAAAAGUUCUAAAUGCCUUCUGUACAUGACUAGCCUUCUUCAGAUCCAAGUUAAAAACUUCAUCGUAUGCAAGGAGAAUGUUCAGUGCUGGCCUUAUAUUGGUAAAGAAGCAGAGAAUUGCUUUUCUGUUUUCUUCAGUAAUCCCUGUAUUGCAGAUUGCUUGCUAAUUUUAAAGGAAGUGAGAUGUUGGUAUGUCAUGUUUAAAUUUCUAACCUUGACUUUUUGAUUCCCAAGCCUGUCUUUCUAAAACACUCCAUCCACAAUUUCUGCAAGUAAAGCUUAAAACUAUUUUAUAGUCCACUUGCAGACCUACAGGAUACCUAGACAAGUUUUCAAUAUUUCUGGGUUUCCCCAGACACUUACAGGAGGUAAAUAGAAUUUUCCUUGACAUCCUAAACCUUAAUUAUUUGCAGGAUGCAGUAAAUUUUGAAUGGUUGAUAUCCUGGUUCACCACAUGCAGCAAUGACCUGGGUGUAACUAAACGGGAUCACAUUCUUUUAGCCAUUUCAAUAGCAAUAAGUAAUCCGGAAUUAACGUAGAAAGAAAUCCCCAGUGGAAAUAAAAGUAAAAAAGGGGCAGACUUAUUUUUUGCUCUGAUUUGCACUCGUAUAAAAUACUGUAUGCAUAGAAGCAGAAAUGUUUUAAUUCUAAUUCCAGAGUUCCUUUGACGGAUAUGAUUGGCUAAAGUAUGCUUUCUUGGACGUAGAAAGUGGUGUCCUUGUUUUGAGAAGGAGUACGUUUUUUGUUCUGCUGUGGAGUUUUACCUGUAAAAUUACUAUCCUGGGUUUACCUCUUCAAUCAAAACUUGCAUACUCGUUUACUUCUAGAGCAGGGGGAGAGUCAGGCUUGAAAAUCGCACCUUUUUAAAGUGUUUUGGUCCAGUGCCAUCAUAUUAAGAAGUCUCUUACGUUUUUGCUUCUGCUACGGUUGCCUGUUGUGGGCUGAGUGUGUAAUUACUAGCUUCCCCAUUAUUGUAUCCAUCAUGUUAGGUGUAAAAUAUAGCAGGUUAAAUGUUUUUUUUAAUUAUUGUUUUAUAUGGAAAUUGGUUUUAAAUAAAAGAAAAAUGUUAAAAAAU